AUAUUAAUAUUUUAUUGCGUUUAAAGAUUUUAUAAUCAAAAUACAGCCAAAAUGGGAAAUUUUAUUGGGCAAAAUUCUCAUUCAUUAACUUUCACUGUCGAUCAGAUGUCAACACAAAUGCGCCAUGUGUCGAUAAGUUUGUAGAAAGGCGCACUAGAAAGCAUUUGCUUGUCCUGCAGAAAGGGCUUUUAUAGCUGGAAAAAUGCCUACACAGGAGGUAGAGUGUGCUCCGUCAACAUCCAAGGGUGUACCGGUUAAGCCUUCACAGAAGAAACAUCUGCCCUGGAUUGAGAAGUAUCGCCCCACGAAAUUCGAGGAAAUUGUGGGAAAUGAGGAUACUGUGAGUCGCCUGGGAAUAUUUGCAACCCAAGGAAAUGUCCCCAACAUCAUAAUAGCCGGGCCUCCAGGAGUGGGAAAAACUACCACAAUCCUCUGCCUGGCGAGAAUCCUCCUGGGAGCGAGCUUCAAGGAGGCAGUAUUGGAGUUGAAUGCAUCAAAUGAGAGAGGAAUUGACGUGGUGCGGAACAAGAUUAAGAUGUUCGCCCAACAAAAGGUUACCCUGCCGCCUUCCCGUCAGAAAAUAGUCAUUCUGGAUGAGGCAGACAGCAUGACGGAGGGCGCUCAACAAGCCCUACGACGCACUAUGGAGAUCUACAGCAGUACCACACGUUUUGCAUUAGCGUGCAACACCAGUGAGAAGAUAAUUGAGCCCAUUCAGUCGAGAUGUGCGAUGCUGCGAUUCACAAAACUCUCAGAUGCCCAGGUUCUGGCCAAGCUGAUUGAGGUGUGUCAGGCGGAGGGGCUAGACUACACUGAGGAGGGCUUGGAAGCGAUUGUAUUCACCGCUCAAGGUGAUAUGAGGCAAGCGCUGAACAAUCUUCAGAGCACAGCAAAUGGAUUCGGAAAGAUUUCCGGAGACAAUGUGUUCAAGGUGUGCGAUGAGCCUCAUCCACUUCUCGUGCAAGAGAUGCUAGAGCACUGCGCUAAGGGAGACAUUCACCACGCAUACAAGAUCAUGGCGAAGCUCUGGCGACUGGGUUACUCAGCUGAGGACAUCAUCGGGAACAUCUUCCGCGUGAGUAAACGUCUGAAUCUGGAUGAGAAAAUGAAAUUGUAUUUUAUCCGUGAAAUCGGAGAAACGCACAUGAAGAUUGUCGAUGGGAACAACUCACUGGUGCAGAUGUCUGGCCUCCUGGCCAGGCUCUGUGAGCUCUCACAUAAGCUGAAAUGAAGCAUUCCUAUCGACAUU